AUGAAAGUGAACUUUGGGUACAUAACACCCGUACCGUUGAACAUGGAGCUGAUAGACACGUCUCUCAGCAAAACCCAAAGGAAGACACCGACAAUCAUCCAUCCCCAAUACAAUAUUAUCAAGAUAAGGAUGUUUUAUAUGAGGAAGGUGAAGCAUGCCGGAAACGAGUUUUCGUCGAGGCUUGGGACGAUUCUUACAGACUUCCCAAGGAUUGAGGACAUCCAUCCGUUUUACGGGGAUCUGAUCAAUGUUCUAUAUGAUAGAGAUCACUACAAGCUUGCUCUUGGACAUGUGAAUGCAGCAAAAAACGGGAUUGAAAAGACCUCGAAGGAGUUUGUGAAGCUCCUGAAGUUUGCAGACAGUCUUUAUAGAUGCAAGCAGCUGAAAAGGGCGGCACUUGGAAGGAUGGCAUCUACAGUCAAAAGACUUGGAAAGACGCUGGAAUAUCUGGAAGAGGUUAGGAUGCACAUGAGUAGGCUGCCAUCUAUAGACCUGUCUGGAAGGACACUUCUUGUGUGUGGAUUUCCAAAUGUUGGGAAGAGCUCGUUUGUCAGGAAAGUGUCAAGGGCAGAUGUCGAAGUGCAGCCCUAUCCGUUUACAACAAAGAGCCUUUAUGUUGGGCACUUUGACUAUAAAUACCUACAGUGGCAGGUGAUUGAUACUCCAGGGAUUCUCGAUCAGCCUCUUGAAAAUAGAAACACUAUUGAGAUGCUCAGUAUAACUGCCCUUGCACAUAUAAAGGCUGUUGUCUUGUACUUCAUUGAUUUGAGCGAGACAUGUGGGUAUUCCAUCGAGGAGCAGAUAGAUCUAUUCAACACACUGAAUCCCCUCCUCAACUCUACAAUGGUUAUUGUGCUAAGUAAGAGCGAUGUUGUAAGGCUGUCUGAGGUGGAGAACAAGGAGGCGAUCAUGAGUUUUCUGGAGGGAAAGAAGUAUAUGGAGAUGAGCUGCGAGAGGGAAGAGAAUAUAGAUGCGGUCAAAGGAAUGGCAUGCGACCUCUUACUUGAUGAGAGGUUCGAAAAGAAAAUCAACAGUGAUAAGCUUUGUGAGUACAUCAACAGAAUCACAAUAGUCAGGCCCAAAGAGGUGAGGGAGAAGGCAGAGGCAUUUAUAUGUUCAAGGGAAAUAACCGAGAUUGAGAAUGAACAAGAAAGAUAUCUUGUUCCUGAGGAGUAUAAGUAUGAUAUUGUACCCGAGAUCAUGGAUGGUAAGAAUGUUGCAGACUUCUUUGAUCCUGACAUCGAGAAGAGGCUCUCUGAGAUUGAGAAGGAAGAGGAGGACAUGCUUGCAAUGUACAACAAGACGUAUGAUGUUCUGUCCCCCGAGGAGAGAGCUAUGAAGGAAGAAGUUACUGUUGGAAUAGAAAGAAGGAGAAUUAUCAACAGACUCAACGAGAAGAAGAAACUCCCCGACUCAUGGAAGCUCAGAUCAAAAAAUAGUGGGGAAGAUGUGGUUGCUAGUGUGAAGAAGGAAAGCAAGGCACAGUUGGUGCAGCCACCCCGGCAUCCAAAAAAGAAGAAGGCCAGGUUUGAUGACAAACAUUAUUAUGACAAAAGGCCAAGGCAUCUCUAUAGAGGCCGUAGGUGA